UUGUGUGUGCGAGUGCGUGCGUGCGUGCGUGCGUGCAUGUCGCGACCUCGCUGCAGACAGCUGCUAGUGGCCAUUAAUGAGGGCCUGCUGCACCCGGGCCAGUGUCCAUCGUUCCUGAAGUUUCCGCCGCUCUCCGUGGCGGAGCUGCCGGCUCGUUGUGUGUUAGAGUCCCCCUUCUCGUCUUCGCAGCUCCCCCUCCCUCGGCCUCCUUCCUCCCAGCCCUGCGCUCUGCUCUAUAUGCGGCGUGCCGGCAGCGGGAGGAAUCCACUCCAAAUGCUUUCCAUAUUAGUCCACAGAAUGUGAUUCCACAUAGCAGAGUCCCAGCUCAAGCGGGACAGCGAGGCAGCCGGAGACGCCGAGGAGACGGGCGCCACAGGCCCAGAGCAAGGCGAACCCGGGAUGGGCACGGAGGAGAAGAGUCCAGCUGGAGGGAAGCAGAAGAAGACAAAGGAUGCGUCCACACCAGCGGUGCCGGAUGGUGCCCCCACGUGCUGCGGCUGCCGCUUUCCCCUGCUCGUAGCUCUGCUGCAGCUGCUGCUGGGCGUCUCCAUUGCAGCAGUGGCCUUCAUCAUGGCAACCAUCAGCCCCUCUCUGCAGGCCAGGGAGACGCCGCACUGGGCUGGGAUCAUUGUUUGCCUAGUGGCUGUGCUGGGGUUUAUCCUGUGCUGUGUCACAUACUUACCAGAUGAGAAGACGUCAAAGCAAUUCAUUGCUAAGCUCCUCUACUUCCUGAUGUGCACUCUGGGCCUGGUGCUGUCCGUGUUGGCCAUCGCCUUUGCCUGCCACCACUAUGCCCAGAUCAGCGCCUUCAGCUGCCAGGAGCGUGGUGAGGACUGCUUCUGCACCCUGGAGCCUGAAGACCCCAUUGCCCGCACCUUCCUGUACACUGGCGUGAGCGACUGUGCCACCGUCACCAGCACGCUACGCCUCUACUUCCUGCUGCAGGUGGCACUCAACUUGGCGCAGGCACUCGUAUGCCUGACGGGCGCCUUCAUCAUGUGGAAGCAUAGAUACCAGGUGUUCUUUGUGGGAAUGCAGUCGGCCUCUUCGCCCGGCCAGCAGUGGCAGAAGAUCUAACGGGCGUGGCCAUAUUACCUAGGUAGCCGUAGCUGUACCUGUGCCCGCCGUAGGCUCCGUACAGGGACAGGGUCACAGCUCAACCAGUACCCUCCCUGGAUGUGCUCUCCAAAACCAACAUGUUUCUUCUGCCAUGCACAGCAUGGAAAGCAGGAAUCUGUGCGCAUGCCGUUUCUUACACUUACAGCUAAUCAUUUAUCUCUCACUUUUCUUCACAAACACUCUAAUUUACUCAUUCAUCAAGAAUGGCAAUUUUUUACUGGAUCAGUUCAGGGUAAGUACUUUGGAUCAAGGGUUACACAGCAGGAGGGGUUGAGAUUCAAACCUAAAUCUUUUUUAAAUGCAAGGCAGCAGCUCUGACCAUUGCACCACCUGCUGCCCCACUUCAUUAGUUACAUUACAGGUGUACGGAUAUUUCAAACUAUACUUGAAUGAUUUUCAUUCUUCAAAUGACAAGAAAAGCAGCACAACUCAUUAGGAAAUGUUUCCCAAAAUGCUGAGGAGCCAGAAGUAAACAUAGGGUGUCUUGCAGACCAGAAAGGAUGCUGGUUCAAUCCCCACUUUCCUGCUACUACUGUAGCAACUCUGAGCAAGGUACUUAUUCGCCAUUACUCUGGAAGUCCAGGGGCUGCAGGGGGCAUGGCGGUUACAGCUGCUCCUUUCCUCUCAAAAAACACAGGUUUGAAUCCCAGCUGUUGCUGUAGUA